AUGAAUAGUGAAGUAAUAAAUCCAUUACCAUAUGAACAGCAACCGAAUCACCCUUCACCGAACGUUAAAGAAGAAACUCAACUUGAUGAUCUUGACCAAAGUGAAUACACUGAAGAAGAAGAGAUAAAAGUAUUAUGUUCAAGCUCAAUGCCUGUUUAUUCGACACUUGAAAUUCCGGUCGAUUCUACAAUACCCAAAACACCAGUGGAUAAGAAUGAGGAAUUUACAAUAAGCAAAGCAUUAGUAGUCAAGAAUGAAGAUAUACCCAAAGUACCUGUGGUUAAGAAUGAAUGUUCUAUACCCAAAACGCCAGUGGAUAAGAAUGAGGAUUUUACAAUAAGCAUAGCACUAGUAGAUAAGAAUGAAGAUUCUACAAUACCCAAGGCACCAGUUAAGACUGAGGAUUUUGCAAUUAGCAUAGAUAAGAAUGAAGAUUCUACAAUGCUAGUAGAUAAUAACGAAAAUCCCCAAUCACCGGAGAUUGAUGAUUUUGAACAAGCCAUGAUAUCUGUGGAUCAAGUAUUUUAUGAGGAAGAAAUGGGUUUAGGUUCAGAACCUUUACGGACAAAAAACGAGAUUACUGAUAUAAUAAUCACUAAACCUAUAUUGGAAAUAAAACCUGAUAUGCAUUUAACAGAAAUUGGCUUAAUACUUCAUGUAGUUAAAGACCAAGUGGUUGUUAAAGCUAGCGUUACUGGUGAAUGUAACAUUUUGGAUGUGGGAACCGUUUUAGUUCUAGAAAAUAGGGAACUUCUUGGUGAAAUUUUUGAGACGAUAGGUCCAGUAACUCAUCCAAUGUAUGUGGUUCGUUUUAAUGACUCAUCCGAAAUCAACAAGGAGAAAGUUAUAAAAGAUGCAAAAGUGUUCAGAGUUGAUGAAUUGUCACAUUUUGUAUUUAUUGGGGAGAUUUCUGUACACAAAGGAUGCGAUGCGAGUAAUUUAUAUGACGAAGAAGUUAAUGAGGAGGAAAUAGAAUUUUCUGAUGAUGAGAAAGAAAAAUUAUAUAAAGAAAUGCAAAAGCGUAAAAUGAAGGAUAGUUCAACUACAACCAACCGUGGAAGCAGAGGAAACAGAGGAAAUAGAAGAAACAAAGGAAGAGGCAGAGGAAACAGAGGAGCCCACCAUCACCCAUACCUACCUCGAAACGAUCAAGAACAGAACGUUACGGUGAAUAGUACGGUGGAUAGAGUGGAUAGUGACUUUGAUUAUAACAUCUUAACCCGACCUCCCGGAUAA